AUGACUGUCAGGAGGAUUCAGAAGGAAGCUGGACCAUCCUCUAACGAUCAAGAAGCUCCGAACGUCAGCCAGGCUGAUAUCGUAGAUAUUUCCAGCGGGGAAGAGCCAGUGCGCCAAGUAGACCCAAUUCUAGAAGCUCCAGAGAACCCUGUGACAGCAGUCAACCCCUUGGUCAACCUCCAGGAUCCGAUCUUGGAAACUCUAGAGAGUCUUGCAAUAACAGUCGACACUCUGGUCAACCUUCAGGAGCUGCAGGAGCCGAUUUCCUUCGUCUUCUCUGCCAAGCCCCCAGUGCCAGAGGGUGAAGUAACAAUCGCCGUGGAGGGCGCUGUAUCGGGGCAGCUCGCGCCCUCGACUUGGGCAUCUCGCGCCCUUGACUGCGCUACCUCCGGGUUGCUGGCGGCCUCGGCUGAGGCAGCUCCAUCGCCAGCGCUGCCAGCCCCCUUGACUUGUACACCUUCACCUUCAACUGCAAACACCGUGGUGAAGAAGCCAUUGAGACUGGUGUUCAAGGAUCCAGCAAUAACCCAGUCUCACGUGCCCGCAUCGGCAGUGGUGCUGGAUGAGCCAGGACUCGAGUUGGCUCCUUCAGCCCCCGAGCCCUCGCCCGAGCUAACCAGCGCAACAGAACCAGCAGAAGAAGCGGCUGCAACCUUGCCUAGCUCACCGCCGCCCGAGCCCCAGCAAGCAGAACGCGAAGCUGGUGGCGAUGAGCAAGUCGAGGUUGCCAUUGAAGGGCCCGCCAAGAGUGCAGCCGCCCAGCCCUUAAUCGUUGAGGUGGUGGGAGCUGUAGAGGGGACUAGCGCGCAGCCCGCCCUUGGAGAAGAAGUCGAAAAUAUACUCCAAGCCAUUAGCAAGUUUGCCCAGGACACGAGCAAGAAGACCCACGAGCAAGCCACCAGGCUGGAAGAAUCCGCAAGGCGCAUUGACGAACUGACGCGGGAGCGGACCAGCCUGGAGCGUGCGAACGCCGAGCUUCGAGGCCAAUUCAAAGAGCAGCGAAAAGCGCAUCAAGGUGCGCAGCAACUGACAACUGAAGAAGUCGUGGGCACCUCCGGGAGACCCGAUGAGCCGCAGCUGGUUGAGUCAGGCUGUCAGGAUGCCGUCGCCGCCGACCUGGCGGGUGACCAGCUAUUGUCAGACGGCAACAUAGAGAUCCUCAAGAAUGUGCAUGACCUUGCCAUGAGUAUGAUCGCUCACUCCCGGAAGCAAGCAGAGGAAUUUAAGGCCAUUGCCUGCGACCGCAAGGAACUUGCUGUCCUGAGGAGGUGA